GCGUAAUAAUAUUCAUGUGAAUAUGAAGAUUAUGCCAGAAGACCGCCGACCCUUAGCCUUACUGCUCAUAUUUUAUGGACAAUGAAACUGAUUGUAUUUUUACAAGAGCUUGUAUUCAGAAAGGCGUAAGGCCAGGCUUCAGAAUGAUUUUUUCUCCUUUUUUAAGGAAAAAUCUGCCAUCGUUUAGCAAUCCUAAGCUGACAGUGCUGUUCUGAAUGUGGUUAUAGGUCAUACAUAGAUGUCGGGUUAUGGGUUUUCCAACGAUGUGGAUAACCGCUUUUUCAACUCAUGAGCCUAAUUAAUGUGAACUGAGAGAAAGGAAUUUUUUUUAACAAACUCAUUCUUAACCAAAAUAAAUUUUAUAAAUCUUUUUUCAUGCGAAUUUUCAAACUCAUUGCAGUAAAUUAGACAAGCGCCUAAUAACAUAACAAAUCAUACAAACAACACAAAUAACUAGUAACGGUCAAUAAGUUAAAGUGGUCGGUUAUGCUGUAACUUAAUUAGUCAAGCCUGCAAGCUUGGCGCAUACAAAGAAGCCACAAAAACUAAACACACCGACUAUGAGAAAGAGUGUCCUCUUACUUUUAUCCUUCAACAGAUUUAUAGGGACUUUUGAAUCCGAGAGAGAUAAAGCAUUGCUAAUUAAAUUAGACCGCAACAAAUUACCUAUUAUCAAUACUAUCAUUACCAUGUUUUAAAGUCAUUUGCCAAUACGUCCCAAAAGUGAAAUGUACAGCUUAAAAUUUGUAAUGUUUAUUGGCAUUUUAAGUGCUUGUAUAAUUUGCUGCCAAGGGUUUGCCAAAUCCAUUCGAAAGAAAUCGUAUGCUGCCUCAACAAUGGAACUGAUGAACCUUCUGGAGGUUGAGGAUAAACUGGUAGACAAUUUAAAUGGCUAUGUGGAAACACUGAAAAUGAAAUUAAAUUUAAUGAAAAGAUCCCUAACUGCUAUGAGUACAGAGCACAACGAAAUGCAGAGUGACUAUGAAUCGUACUUGGCAAAUCCAUUGAACAGCUUUCGACUAAUACAUCGCCUACACACGAGUUGGAGGAAAUGGUAUCACUAUGCCUUUAGGACCGAAAAUAAUGCAUUAGUGCGUAUUGAGAAUGCCCAUCAUAUGAGAAUGCUGCUACCCACUUCAUUGGAUUUGGAACACGCGUGUCGCGGAAUCGAUGACUUGAUGUCCUUUUACGACCUUAAGCCAGAAGAGCUGGCAGCUGGUAACUUAGCAGGGUACUCACAGACAGAUACAGAACUGACAGCUUACGAUUGCUUAGCCCUCGGAGAGUUCAGCGUUCAAAGUCGAAAGGACGAUCUUGCCGAGGCUUGGUUUAAUCUCUCUUUGAGUCGUUUUGAUAAUAUUUUCGACCAAUACCGAGCGCACGAGGCGUUGGCAAUGCUCCUGGCGAAGAACAAGCAGCUAACUGCAGCCCUUCACCACUUAGACAACAAGCCGGAGGAAGUAGCCCCCAGUCAUGGAGUCACACACAUCGAGGAGGAGUUGGCGACUGUGCAGAACUGCACGGUUGUUGUCCAAAAACCAAGUCGCCUCCAUUGUCGCUACAACAGCACCACGACGCCCUUCACGCGGAUUGCCCCUCUAAAAAUGGAGGAGCUGAGUUUGGAUCCGUACAUGGUGGUCUUUCACGAUGUGAUUUACGACAGAGAAAUUGAAUUGAUGCUAAACUCAAGUAAUUUCAUAUUAUCCCUGACUGAUUCGGGUCAGGAGUCGGAGGUGAGAGCUUCAAAGGACUCAUAUAUAGUAGAAUCCAAAACCCUCAAUGACCGGGUAACCGAUAUGACCGGACUUAGUAUGGAGCUCAGCGAUCCAUUUUCGCUGAUUAAUUACGGCAUAGGUGGGCACUACAUGUUGCACUAUGACUAUCAUAAAUAUACGAAUACGACCAGGGCAAAGUACGGGGAUCGAAUAGCUACCCUUUUGUUUUACCUGGGAGAAGUUGACUCGGGUGGCGCCACAAUCUUCCCGAGGAUUAAUAUUACCGUUACGCCCAAGAAGGGGUCAGCGGUCUUCUGGUACAAUCUGCACAACUCCGGAGCUUUGCAUUUGGAAACCCUGCACUCAGCAUGCCCGGUGAUAAGCGGUUCCAAAUACGUACUCACGAAGUGGAUAAACGAGUUGCCUCAAAUGUUCUCCACACCCUGCAUGAAAGACUCGAAUCUACACCCACCGCAAAAUGUAUAUCUCUACCGUUAUCCGCCCGCCCAGUGCUGCCAAGUAACUGUUACUGAGUAACUGGAGAGAGCGAAAGAGAGCGUUUGAGUUUGUUUGGCGUAUCUUCGGCUUACCGCGAUUGCAACUUCGAUUCGGAUUCGGAUUCGGAUUCGGAUUGCGCUUAUGUUUCAGUUUCUGAUUCGGCUUUCAGUCGUUGGCGGCGCGCCAGAGCAACAAGUUAAGUUUCGCACCUGGCCAGGUGAUCGCGAUACUCGCAGGUUGUAAGUCGCUAACGCUUUGCUUUGGCAACACAGUCUAAAUAUUUUGUAUAGCCAAGGCGAUACUAUCAGACCCGUCUCAAUCUAAUGGGCUGUGGUUGAAAUUACAAAAUUAAAUCAAGAGGCUAAUUCGCGUUAACAUUGAUUUGUCCAGUGCUAACAGAUUGUGUGUGUGUGUGUGUGUGUGCGUGUAAAUUGGUUUUGCGCUAAUUUCGGGCGAAAUAUUAACGCGGCCAAAAGAGCUAACGAAAUUAAAGCGUAUCGAAAACAACUUUUACCUAUGCUGCCAGUUUCAAAACGAGGCAGAACUGUUGUUGUUUUAGUUGUUGCCGUUGAACGUGCGCAGUGUUGUUGUUAUCGCGGUGUGUUUGCUUUUGGGGGCGUGGCUGGUAGUUGGCAUGUGCGCAGCCGCCUUAAGUUGGCAGUGACAAUAGACCAAAAAAACAGACAGCCGAGGAAAUUAUGGAGCGCUGACCAACAAACCAAAACCAAAGCGCUGGCAAUUGGAAAGUUGUUGUUAUGCUCAAGAGAGCAGCGAAGGAGACAAGUGCCGGACUGGAAUAUCGCUGCAUGUGUCGCUAAAUAAAUCACCAGCGUUUCAGUCAAGAAA